GGGAGGGCGGCGGCGGCGGCGGCGGGGGAGGAGGAGGCGGCGCUGAGGCCACACCCAUCGGCGAGCGGAUCCGCGGGCAGCGCGUCGUCGGCCGCCGCGCUCCAGCCUCCGCCCGCACCGAGCCCGCGGGACCCGGCCGCACCGGGGAGGGGCCGCUCCGGGCCGCAGCGCGAGGGCAGCGAGGGCGGCGGGGACCCGGCACCGGGCGCGGCCGGCGGCAGCGACCAUGAUCGCUUUGUUUAACAAGCUGCUGGACUGGUUCAAGGCCCUAUUCUGGAAGGAGGAAAUGGAGCUCACGCUGGUGGGGCUACAGUACUCGGGCAAGACCACCUUCGUCAACGUGAUCGCGUCAGGACAGUUCAAUGAGGACAUGAUCCCCACUGUGGGUUUCAACAUGCGCAAAAUCACCAAAGGGAACGUGACCAUCAAGCUCUGGGACAUUGGGGGACAGCCUCGUUUCCGCAGCAUGUGGGAGCGCUAUUGCAGAGGAGUGAGCGCCAUCGUGUAUAUGGUGGAUGCUGCAGACCAGGAGAAGAUUGAAGCCUCCAAGAACGAGCUCCACAACCUGCUAGACAAGCCGCAGCUGCAAGGCAUCCCGGUCUUAGUCCUCGGUAACAAGCGAGACCUCGCAGGAGCUCUAGAUGAGAAGGAGCUGAUUGAGAAAAUGAAUCUGUCUGCUAUCCAGGACCGAGAGAUCUGCUGCUACUCCAUCUCCUGCAAGGAAAAGGACAACAUAGACAUCACCCUACAGUGGCUUAUUCAGCACUCGAAGUCACGGAGAAGCUGAGACUGUGGCCCGGCUCCUUGGGACCAGGGACCACAGUCACCUAACCUGAAGCCGAGCUCCCCGCCCAGCCCACUCUGUUGUCCCCCCCCAAACCCACUUGCCCUUGCCCUCACCCAGUGUGGGGAGGGCCCUCUGGGGCUCCUAGAGUCCCAUUCUGCUGAGGUUUGAACUCCUGUUUUUAUUGUAAAAUAAAUUUCCCUCCAUCUGGCCCCCCAGCCUCUCUGCCCCUCUUUGUCCCUUCGCCCUCUCCACAGCCCUGGCCCCGCAACCCCUGUCCUGCCCUCCCCCUCCCCCCCUUUUCAACACCCUGUUAUCGUCCUGUGUGUACAGUAUAUAUAUGUAUAUAUAUUUUAAUUUUUUAAUUUAAACAAAGACUUAAGAUCAACCAUUUGAUGCUGCAGGGGCCAAUCAGGGCCUGGGAGGGGCAGGCUGGAAAGAUGGGAACGAGGUGCACGGCCAGCUUGGGGCGCCAGCUCUGUACAGGAAGGUGAAGGCUGGCACUUGGGGCGGGCACUGGCCUGGCCACUGGAGAUUGUCCCAUGCCUGGUGAAGUAUUUCUGCCUCUCACUAUAGGGCCUGAAUACUCAGGCCAGCAGGAGCCUCCUUCUCUGUCCCCUGCAUCGUUGGUAGGGCCACCAGGCAGAAACCAGAUAGCAGAGACCACCAGGCCUACGUGGGGAGAAGUCAAUGCCCGGGCCACCCCAGCGACCCCCAUCCUCACUGUCCCUGGCCCCCAGCUCCUGCCUCUACCCAGGGCCCCCACCUCCAUGGUCCGUUUCAUUCUCUGUUCCCAUUUCACAGAGUUGUACAAGGAGAGAACUCAGCAUGGGGGGAGGGGGUGUUGGUUUUUUUGGGUUUUGUUUGUUUGUUUGUUUAAUUUAAUGAUUUGUAAAGUGAUGUUCCUCUUCCUUUUUACACUUUUCAGCUCAUAUUUAACCUCUGUUUGGGAAAUGAUUCUUGUAACUGUACAUUUUUUUUUUUUUUUUUUGCCUCCUAAUAAUGACAACAAUAAAUUACCAAUUUUGUGUUG